AUGCAUCACUUCUUUAGCAAGCAUGCAACUCACUUUGCCGAUGCCGGUAUGGCUGGAGAAACGUCGUACGUAAGAAGCUGAAUAUAUCAUAUACGUGGGAUGCAUUCCCCACUUGGGCCGUUCAGCCCUGUGAGCCAUUGCUUCCAAUCUUGUCACCGGUGCAUGAAGGGGGGAAAAGAAAAUGAGGCCGACAGCAGGGAAUUCAUCCUCAUGACAUAUCAGCGCAUUUCUCACUAAUGAUAAAUCUGGCAACGCGCUAGGACUCAUGGCUUCAAAAACUGUGGACUGAGGAGGCACUCUGAGCUCUCUAAGGAUUUUGGAUCAGACUGUGAUUGCUCCUUUUUAGCCUGACCUUUAUUUCAUUCUUACGGAUAUGAGACCUGAGUCAUCCCCAAAUGUGGCCUGACACGCGCGUAGUAGGUGCCAGAUCCUGUUCAUAUACGAUAGCUUAGGCAUAUAAGUAUGCCCAUGUUAGCAGAAUCAAAAGGAAAGUUGACUUCUUUUCAGUAUAAAACCCCUAAGUUUUUUGGAAAUCUGAAGAGAAAGCAAAACUGGAAAUUCGAAAUACACCGGAAUUUUUGAUAGUCUAUGUGAUGGAGAUCUCCAUUUCUUCCGGUUGGUAGCCUAGAUGCGUGGUCUUCCAAAAAUCCAACAUAAGAAGUAACUUGCUUCCUUAUUUAUCAAAUCAAUGGAAUUUUGAUUUUUCGAAUGUAGAAAAUUUAUGAAAAACCCCGUAGCACUUAGGAAGUGGUUAAGAAUAAGUCCUUGAUAAAAUACCAACAUAUAAAAAUAUACCAACUUAAUUAAAAAGGCUUAAUUUAAAACAAUUGAUCGAUUUCAAAAUUUGCUAAAUCACAACGAUGCAUCAUGCUAGUCAAUACUGCAGCAUUAAGUAGGUUAUAUAUCUAAGUGGACAUGGUGAUAAAUACCCCAAAUAUUACAGGUGGCCUUACGCUAAAUUCCAGAGAAGGCUACAUAUUGCCAUAUCCUGAAUUUAACCCCCGGUCCUAAACAUUCUUAGCAUUAACGUAAACACUAACAAUAACGUCGAGCCUACCUUGAAUUUAGCCCAAAGGCACCUGCAGUACGAGGGGUGCUUACGCCCGCGCUCUGCCGUUUGUUUUGGCCGAAGGCGUAUUAACAGAUAUCCCUCAUCUUUACUGGCUCUAGCACAAAACUGCCGACUGCUGUCGUCCGCUUGGUGUGUUUCCAAGUUCUUCGAAGGAAAAAACCAACGUGUACAGGAUACGUUUAAUGAGAAAAUAUUCACUUACUGCCAUUCUUGGAAACGGCGCAAAAAGACAGAAUAGAAAGAUGCGGCCUAAAACUUCCUUCGCAUCCCCAAAGUUACAUCUCAUCAUUUCCAGCUACUACUACUACUACUACUACUACUACUACUACUACUACUACUACUACUACUACUACUACUACUACUACUACUAUUACAAUCUUCCGAAUUCUAAAUAGGAAAUAAAUCAUCCUAGAAAUUCGAAGUUUCGUUGCAUCAGUGUUUCUAGUGCAACGCACUCUUUAGACUUUUAGUUAAAUAUAACUUGAGAGUAUUCAUCUCCACUGUGAAGAAUUGUUGAAACAUGGCCUCGAAUGAAGGUGAAUUUUGCUUUUCAUUGUACGUAUAAAGAAAAAGGACAACUUUGUGUUUCACGUGACUUUGCAUAAUUAAUUGACGGUUCCAGCCGCUUCUCGUCUAUGUCUACUGUUCUGCAGCGGAACUGUCAAAAGAGGACCCAAUAGACAUUUCCCUCACGUCUAUCAGCAGCACAUCCUCCCAGGGUCGCAUUUCACGACAACGAACUGGUUAUGUGCCUUACCGCGACUCCAAGUUAACUUGGCUGCUUCGUGACUCUCUGGGAGGGAAUUCAAAAACCACCGUCAUCGCCAGUGAGUCCUCUUUUGACUAGUGAUAUUCAAUAAAAAUCAACCACGAAAUCCAAGAAGCUGGUUCUGUUCAUGAAAAGUCGAAGACUUGGGAUCAAAAAGGUCGCCCAUAUGAUGUCUACUGUAUUAUUCUUGAAAAAUUGGUGUGUACUCAGAUGCCGGCCUAAUUAUAAUGAUCCAUCUUAAAAACUCCUGUUGUUUAAAGCCAUUUUCAGGGACUUCUCCCUCAAGUUACCCAUUAGAGGCACGCGCCAGCGCUGUGCGAACAGAUGUUAAUGAAACAAACUCAUUUAAGCAGAGUUAAACGACUGAAAAACCACAAACUUGAGAUUUCUCCCCGUUCUCUCUAUAUUAUAUGUUUGAAAAAAACUUCUGAAAAACCAUUCGGUUAGGAGCAAAGAGUCAUUCAGUGUACAAAAAAUACUUCACAAAGUUCAUACUUCGACCUUCUUUGGCGGAGAAUCUCGCUUCCUGCAGAUAAUAUGGACAGUCGUUUCAUGAGGACUUGACCCCAAGGUUGUCGUUAAUUUAUGUUAAAAUGGGAACCUUAGAAAUUGGAUCACAAGGCAUGGCCUCCCUGAGGAAUGCGGGGGUACCCGUUUUCGGGGUGGGACCCCUCGCGUUUUGGGUAUGCGGAGGAAGAAGAGAGGAGAAACUUUAGACCGAAUUGGAAGUAUUAUUAAGACGUGCUCAUGCACUUGGCUUGUUUGUGUUACUGUUACACGUUGCACGGCCUCUUUGGUAAUCCGGACUUUGUCUUUUGUCUCCACGUUUUCAGCAAUUUCGCCUUCGAGCGCCAGUCUUCGGGAGACGAUGAACGUUCUGCGGUUUUCCCAGUGCAUAAAAAUGAUUAAGAACUACCCGAUGAGAAACGAGGUAUUGCAAUCCCUUCCCCAAUUUUUCCUAUAUUGACUAGGACCCAAAAGCCGCCUAUAUCCGAAAACUACUUCAGGAGAUUGAUCGACUUCGUGUGGAGGUUGAGGGCUGCAGAAAGGUAGGUUGUUGGUCUUAUCUCUAUGUGCAAUUCGAACAUCACCAGUAAUACAAACUGAACCCUUUUACCCCUUGGUAUACGUGUUCAUAUUACUGAGGAGUUCCCGAAAAUAGCUCUUGACGUAGAUUAAAGAGUAUUCUCAUGAUGCCAUUUUUACAUUUAUAAAGAUUAAGUUUAGAGAAAGGGUCUGGUAAUGGGCUCUUGCACGUAUUCUACUUAAAGAAAGAGACAAACUGCGUUAAAAUUUGAACAUUGUUACUGGAAGACUUCAGAAAAACGUUCGUCGCUGGCUUCACUUGUUGUACUCUUAACUACAUUAAAAAGACUAAUUGUCAAAAUUACGAACAAUGCCAAAUUCGUUUUUUUCUCGAAAAGUCCUAAUAGACAUUAUUCUCAUGUGCAAACCUUGCUUGCAUAUAUGAAGUGUAGCAAGCAAUUGAAUCAAUUUAUGUCUGUUGCUUUUUAAUUUCCUUAGAAAUUAACUGCGAACUUGGAGUCGGUCAGUAUAUUUAAGAUCUAUAGGCUCAGACCAAAGUUUUUCUGUAUGAAUAUUUAGGCCGAAAUCCAUCAGCCACAGCGGAUAACCGCGUAAUAUUCAUUUACUGCCGACAGGCAGCUAGUGGUACAUUUUAAGGUAACGGGAUUCCAUACUAAGAACACAGGUAGUAGCCCAAAGUGUAUACACGCGUGUUUCGCCGAUAUUUUGCCGCUGAAUGACAGCUGCGAGGGAUCCGGCUCGUCCGUGGGUUCCCCAGCAUUCCCUGUCUGCUUUCCGAUAGAUACUGCAAUCUACAAAUUGUUGCUUUUCAUUUACCUAGAAAUUAACUGCGAACUUGGAGUACAUCAGUAUAUUUAAGGUCCAUAGGCUCAGACCAAAGUUUCAGUUGUAAUGCAUAACAGCCAAAUCGGCAAAAACCUAAUAAAUCCUCCAGAAUCGUGCUUUUCAACUUUUCUACUGGGUUAAUUCCAGAAGUUAAGGCAGUAAUAAAAUGAAGCUAGAGCUGUGGUUCCCAUACUUUUUCGCCUUUGACCAGAAAUUCUAAAAAAUCUUGUUUACUUACCCGAGGUAUUUGGACGUCAGUUGUAGGGGCGAAGAAAGCAGCCGCUCUGUGAGUGCUGCUUUACGUUUGCUGAUCCGUAGUUGGGCUGUAAAUAAGUGUAGGAAACAAUGCGGUGGAAGUAUUGUCCUAGGCUAAGACAAAAAGGAUUCUAGUCGUCAGAACACGUGUUUUGUCGUCUGAGUUCUUCAGCAUGUACACGUGUUCAUCGUUGGAAAAGGACCAAAGCAAAUAGACAGUAUGUGCAACUUCCUUCAGUCAGUUAGCGAAAAAUAUAGGCUACCAGGGCAUGGGAUCCUGUGGUUUCCUACGCGGGCGGACAAACACCAGUGGUCUAGGGAGUUCUAGUCAGGGCUUCGAGCCCCUGCUAUUCUCCGGCCUGUCUUGCCGGCAGCAGCAGUGUUGAAAUCAUGAGCAGUACACAGAGUAUGGGUGGCCACUUGUGAUAACGAACCACCACCUUUUCCAUCACCCACUCAUACUCGUGUAAUCUGACAGAUAUGACCAGACCGCUCAAAGGAUCGCAGACGGCCUUUGGAAUGCACAAACUGACCGCGUACGAUUUCUAACAACAAAGCCUAACCCCCCUGUUCAGGCGCUUUGUCAACUUGGCAUAAAAGACUAUUUUUUGGCAGGCUUGAGCGAAAUUCGCUCCAUGGGCGAUCAGGCAAGCUCAGGUUUAUGAAGAUGUGAAGCAGAUAUUCCAACAGACUUGUGGAUCUGAAUUCGCCGGUCGUUUUCGUUCGUAACAGAACUCCCAUUUUGCCAUAUAUUGCUUGUUUGAGCAGAAUACUGGGAACGUGACGUUGUUGUUUUUUUCUUCCCCACUUAAACGAAAUUUAGGAAAAAUGUCGUUGAGAAGAGCUUAAAACAUUUAACGACAAUCUCUUUGAUUUUUAUAAGUGUGCCAUCGGCGUAUGGACGCCAACAAGUGGGUUAAGGAUGAUCGAAUGAGGUUGACAUUUAGGAUUCAAGGGACUCAAACGACUGAACUUCCGCUCCUCUGAUCGGAAUUAUCUGUCCUCUUUUGUAGAACCUGACGUUCCUGAAACCCUAAUUACUGUCUCUUUUAGAAACGAAUGAUGUUCCGCGUAACGUUUUUAGGAGCAUUCAGUGUUCCGGUUUAGCGCCUGUUUUAACACGACAGCUGGGAUAGGAUAUUUUUAAAUGAGAGACUGCCGUACUGAGAUCAAUUUCCUUGACAAAAUUUUUAAAGUCAUCUAAUGACUUGAGGAAUCAUGUACAUAAAAUAAAUGUCAAAACUUAAGAAACCUUAAAUCUAAGUUGCCGUUUAGGCUAAGAAAGAUUGUUUGAAUGGGGCUGUAGUACUGAACAUUCUACAAUCGGAUCCAAAAAUACAGCAUCCAAGACAAACGAUAGCUCAUACUUGAGUUUCGUCCAAGCCAUUUAGACGAUAAUUCCUGCAAAUAGUUAAUACUUGACCAGUGUACAUUUUUAAACUGACUUUUAGUACCGGCAUAUGUUUAAGUAUAGUCUAUUAAGGAGUAUGCGAAAAUAACUUUUCUUUCCCAUAUCGGAAAAUUAUGCCUUCUUGCAACCUUAUAGUUGAAUGAAUAUGUCCUUUGUUUUUUAAAGCUGGCAUUCGGAAGACUGUCAGGAACGCAUACUUGGUCGUCCAAGUAGUCAAAUUAUCACAGAAUUAUUUGCGGCGCUUAAGAAGUUUGCAUCGGGGUCCGUCUUUAUCCUAAUAUAUUAUAAGUGCCGGAAGUGUGCUCCAUAAAACUGUGAAAAGAUAAAUGAAUUUGCUCUAGACAGAGUGCGUUGUAGGUAACUUUAAAGCUGACCGAACCUACAUACGUCGCUGUUUGUGUUUUCAAGAACAUGAGCCAAGCGCUUUGAGGAAAACCUGAUUCCCUAAAAGUGUACUAAUUGAUUUUGCCUCUAUUUUCCGGGGUAUAUGCUUGAAUUUAUACAGGUAAAUAAAAUCGAUGCAUAAACCAAACACUACCGAUAAGGGUGAUUUUUAGUGUGAUUUUCCUAGAUGCCUAAAAAUGGAGUCAAACAAAACCAGUACAGUUCUCAGUAUGAAAGAGUAAGGGAUUUUAGUGCACAUUAGUUAACAUCGAAUUGUUUUUAAAUGAUCCCAGCAAACAGAAAACGUUGCAAUUUAUGUCAGAUUUCCAUGAGUUCCCCCGGUAGGAGAUAGGAAUUGGUACCUUACUUGCUAGGUCGCUUCACGUCAAAUAUCAGGGGAGUACCUAUUCUCGCUUUCGAACUCUGACAUUAACCCUAACCAGCCUCGAAUUUAGCACGAGACCGCUUGUAAUUCGGGGGCACCCUAUUCCCAACCGUAAUCUUAACCUUAAACCGGACCCUCACCAUAGUCCCACUCUUAACCUUGACCCCUAUGCUAACCCUAAACCGUAAACUUAACCCUAACCUCAACCUUACCACUAGCUAUUGGAAUUUGGCAAAAAACCACCUUUAAUACGGAGCAUAUAAGCAUAUAAGAGGAUAAUUUGUUCGAUAAUAGGCACUCAACUUUUUUCAAGAUAUUUCUGUUAUCCCGCUAUAGUGUAAAGGUAUGCACCGAUAUAUUGGAAGGACUUUCUGUUUUGACGUUUAACCAUGGGAAUAUGAGGCGAUUGGCCUUAGGAUAAUCUACAACGUAAACUCAUAAAGCGUAGACGGAAUGUAUUCCCUAAAGUCCCUCCGGUACCCUAAUUCUUCUCUUCUGAGUAUUUGGUUUAGUUAUUACGGUCCGCCCCAGGUAAUAUCGAAAGUGACAGUCAGUUUUACAGACUAGACAUUCGCCUCCGAACGAGACUUCUGUUUUAAAGCACUAUACUAAGUAGCGACAGAUUCUUUUUCUUCCAUUCUCAGAUUUGUGCAUUUCGCCGUAUUCUGGCUUUAGGGACUGAUUUCACCUUUUGGUAGAGGGAGGGAGCCUAUUCCUUGACUUUCAACAUUUAGGAUAAUUGAUUAAUUGUGCAUGCAUUUUUGACGACAGUUAACUUAAGAAAUUGUUAAGUGUAAGUCUCCUCAUAGGACAAAGCUAAUUUCCGGUUGGCCGUAUUAUUUGUGAGUACAUGAGAACCAUGUGGUCGCCGCCUACAUUUCGCAGACACACGACGUUUAAAAGAUUAGUGGUGUGCAUUUUCCUAUUUUCGACAGUGUAGUUUGGGGAGUUGCUGCAUUUCCGUCGACAACAUGAAAAUUUCAAUAUUUAUUCCAUUACCACCUGACGGAGUGUAAUGCAAGCAAAUGACUUGCUGACAUUCGAGUCUCUAGUCCUGUGUCUGCACAGGCGUUUACUAUGAGGAGUUCUACAUGUUCGAUAUAAAAUCUACUGAAGAUCACAGUUCAGCUUGAAAGAUUUAUGUUUUUUGCCUUUCAUGACAGGACGGACAAAUGAAGAUGCUUCUCAUGCGACAUCGCGGGUUGCAAACAUCUCUCGGCGAUAUAUCUGUGAGUAAUCUAAUGUUUUCUGCUGUUUCUCGAGUAAAUGUCCAGUAGAAUAGCUCAACACAUUUGAAAAAUGUAUGAAAAGUCGGUGUAAGGCGAAAAAAUUGGGUAAUAUGUGGUUUGGUAGCCCCACCUGAUAGACGCAAUACUGUUGGGAUUUGGGUUAAGCGGUAGGGUUAGGGGUUAGGGCUGGAGAUUUUGGUCAGGGGUUUUAUAAUUGGGGGUUAGUUUUGGGGUCAGGGCUUGGGUUUAGGGGUUAUAGUUAGGGGUUAGGGUUAAGAGUUAGCGCAACUAUUUUUCAACCACUCAAAGUACAACUGCACAUCCUCAAUAGCUUUCCUUUACAUACAAUUACUUGACCUCGUAGCCUGUGCGUUUCCCGGCCCCACCUGUAAAAACCCCUAUUACCACCGAUCCCGCAUUAGAGGUGCCUGGGGUUUGUUUACUUCAGGUGGGGUUACAUAACCAAAUCCGACCGAAAAUUGUUGUAGAAAUGCGCAAAGACGGAAGGCUAUGAUAUUUACAAAUAAUAGGCUUGUUUUUUCGACGGAAACAGCUGAACUCCUACGCUCCACCGGGUGGUACUUGGGUCAGGAAAAAAACGCUAAUGCUUUCGUCGCUUGUCCACCCAUUUCAAUACGAAAGGUGAUAUUUCGAUUGUCUUCGAGGUAGAAGCUUGAAUUAUAGCUUAUGGAGCAUUUGGUAACGUCGAGCGCUUUGCGUAGCACAGUUCGGCUGGGCACGGAAAUGUGGACCCUCCUACUACGGGCGGACGUACGUUAUAUUCCAGGGUUAGUGCGAAUGUUAGGGUUAGGACUAGAAUACUUGGACUUUAGGUCAGCGUUGUGGUUACAAUUACUGCUGUUGUAAGGGUUAGGGAGGUUGGGUUUGUGCCGCGACGGUGUUUUGUAGGGCUACUACAGAUGGGUUGGUGUUAGGGUCGAAGUUUGGACACGAGAAUAUGCACCCCCUAGAGUUUAGCACAAAAACCCCUAUUUCGGGAGGCGGUCAUAUUUUCGUGUUUGACCCACAAUGCAAAAUAACAACAUAAUGUCACGUGGUUGUUAUUGGUGGGCUGGCAAAUAGUUAAAGAUCGUACUAUAUUCCAUGAGAAAUAGGAGAAAACAGAUUGGUCAUUGUUGAAGUGUAAAGCCUUAAAUGCCAUCAAUUCAGUGACAAAACCUGUGAGUUUUUCCAAGCUUCCAAGCCGGUAUUGUUUAGGGUGCAAAAUUUGAAAAUGACUAAAAUUGGGCGUUAGUUUGAAAUAAUUUGUGUCAUUAAACGCUGGUUAUCAAGAAAAAUGAAUGCUGAACUAACGGAGUCUAUAGCUACUCUGAUUCAUAAAAUACAAAAAGGAGUAGGUAUUAUGGGGUACUGUGAUUUCACCAGUACUAUCAAAGAGCCAAUGCGGGUGCAUUUAUGUCCGCGGGAAAACGCCGUAGCAAAUAUCUUUGUUCAAGUAUACUUUCGAACGAUUUUAAAAAUUUUUCGCGUCCAUAUGUCAAAUAAAGAUACGUAGAUUGUGAAAAUUGACUAAAUAACAGUGACUUAGAACAAGAACAAACUAUCGGGGAUCCACAAGGUACUGCUUACAAAUUGUACUGUUAGUUUAAGCCACAAUGGAAGUCCCGUCCAAUGCAUUUUAACUAAAAUAAGUAUAUUUUGCCAAAAAAUGAACGCUUAAUUUUUUUGGUAACCUCCUCUUGAACCGUAUCAGAAAUAAAAACUGUUUAUCCCAACCUACCUUCGGAAAUAAGGCUUUUCUAAAGCGAUGAAGAAUGCAUGUGUCACGUAAAAUAUUCUCUCUGACAAACUCCCAUGGUCGUGUAACGAGCGUAACACGUCAGUGGAGAUUUAAAACUUUGAAUGGUCUCGUGAAUUUGAGCCAGAGUUGCUAUCUGCACGAAUUCACAUAAUUUUACGAAAUAAACCUGUCCGGACCAAUAGAAAUUUAGAAGGCAAGAGCAACACUUCAACGACGAAAUCUUCUGUGGGUGUAGUUAUUGCGCACGGUUUUCCUUACGAUAAUCCACUUCUGGCAUUUUAUUCAGGCGUGCGCCUCCUUUGCGUUUCUUCUUAAAUUAGCAGAUAUAUUUUAUUCUGGAUCACAUUUCUCACAAUAUAUAUAAAGCGAUGAGUACAUUUUAGCUUCCUAGUAUUAAGUCUGUCAGUGAUUGUCAAGGGGUUCAUUUCGUAUGCAGUGUGUCAGUUAAAACUCCUUUGCGUGUUUUCAUACAAUACCCCAUCUCCAAACCAAAUUCUCACCACAAUGCCGAAAGCCGCGGACACAUCAUUUACUAACGAAGAAAACAACGUACGAAUAGACCUACUUUCCUUUGCAUAUCUUCUGGUUAAUAACAAAAGAGCAAUUUCAUUUGCAGCUGGAGGUAUUUACUUAAAACUUCCGGAUAGCGUUUUUUCUCUAAGCACGCAUGUAGUGAACCGUCGUAGAGCAUUUUAGGUCUUUAGCAUAUUUUUUGCCGACCAAUAGGGUGUAAUACCCAACUAGCCAGUUAUGCAUGCCUCUUAAAAGAUGAUCCUCUGGGAACAAAAGUGUCGGGCCGUCAGCAUUUUCAAAAUUUGCAUCCGGGAUUUUCCUACAGUCCAGUCCUUCCGAUUAUGAAGCUAAAAUACCAGUCCUCGCUUAACCUUAUCCUUCGUAGAACAGGAAGAUUGCGCGAUCAAUCGCUCGACAAGGAGCGUUUUGUCAGAAAGUUCUCAUAGGCACAAAUGGUCCUUGUUUAGACGGCAUGAUCCUCUACAAGUCCAUGUCGCCUUUAGUUGUCGGCUUUUGUAUUCAGCUGCGUAAAAAAGAAAGUGUUAAGCAUCAUUGUGUGGUUCGUUCAAAUUUUACGUAAAGGUUCCAGGUGCGUGGACUGGUUUUAAACCUAAGACUGGAUUCUGAAGCGGAACACAUAUGCCUGUGAACAGCAGAGCCUCUAAUGAAAUUUGGAAGGAGUAGUUAAAAUAAAAGCAAACAUUUGCGUCGAUCACGUCUGCGCUUCUGACAGGAAAUCUCUUCGCUUGAAGCUUGAACCAGCAAUCUUUGCAGCUGUCUUACCCUGGGAUUUCCGUUGUUUCGUUGAGGUCACAAAGAUCUCACCAACGGCUUCGUCACGUGGUCUUAAAUUUGGUCAGAUUUAAAGUGCUGCCCUCCAUGACGUACACGGGAUUUGAGGACGAGUCAGUAUGUCGGUUUCUCGGUUUUGUGAUACAUUGCACACCUAUAGAUGUCAUCUACCACACCUAACUGAUUUUCCCUCUUGUCCCAUACUAUCUAAGAGCAGCCACGCUCUACGAGAAUAGCAUAGCACGUGCGUUAAGUCCAGGCAGAAUCUGCUUCCAUAUAACCUCAUGCCUUGUCCAUUUCAACUUUCGCCAGUUCACCUGCGUAUCCGCGUUUGCAUCAUAUGAGUCAUACGCAACCUGUUGCGAACUGUGCGUUACAGUGAUCAGGUUUCACGCAAACUGCGUCUUUUUCUGUGACCGUUCAGAUGUGAAUUGCUAUUAGCGGGUAAGAAUGGCCAUCUAGGCACCGCUCACUUAAUCGUACACUCCGUUUUUAUUUCUUGCGCACUUUACACUGUUGGCCAUCCAAAAUUACGCGUCCUUGAUUAUGCCUUUAGUUAAAACCAAGUCCACAUCAGCGGCAAAGUUGAAAAUUAUUUGUUAAAGACAUAUACCUAGACAUAUCAUUUCGUGGAUGAACAGUUUCAUGGAUUAUGCAAUACCUUGGAUACGACUAUCAUAAACGUUGUUCUUUCAGUUAAAUAUAGCCCCUCUAUAUGACAUCUCUUUUUAAGCGAACAGGAAUUAGUGUGGGGCUCACAACUCUCAGGAUAAAUAGUCUUAAGGUAACCAGAACUUACAUCCCUACGCAUUUUUACUGAACGAAUAAAUAGACAGUUUUUAUUGUAUUUGAGAGAAGAUACGCUAAUAUGUGGGUCCAACCUUUCAGGAUAUAAACGAGAGGACACAGUGUGAUUCAAUGCAACUUGGGAUUUUCCUUUCUAGUGGAACUUCAUAAGACAGGCGUUGGUUCGACGCGAGAGUUCGACCGUCGGUUUCGACUAUGUCCACCGUGUGCUCCAGGGCAAGACGAAGCAGGGCCGGUGA